AUGAGCAAGAAGAGAAAGUUCGUAGCUGAUGGAGUGUUCUUUGCGGAGCUGAAUGAGGUAUUGAAGAGAGAGCUAGCAGAGGAUGGGUACUCCGAAGUCGAGGUCAGGGUCACUCCAAUACGCACUGAGAUCAUCAUUAGAGCCACUCGAACUCAGAAUGUUCUCGGGACAUCUGCUUCUGAAACUGAGUACACAUCUGCUUCUGACACCGAGGACUCAGAGUCGAAAGAGUUCGUUCUGAAUCUAGAUCACUCUAACUUCCACGAGACUGUUAACAAGCACAAUUUCAUCAUCGUCGAGUUCUACGCUCCAUGGUGUGGCCACAGCAAGAAGCUUGCUGCAGAGUAUAAGAAAGCUGCAUCUGUACUCAGUAGUCACGAUCCUCUAGUCACUCUAGCAAAAAUUGAUGCCAGUGUUGAAACGAACAAGGGACUUACAAGUGAAUUUGAGAUUAGUGGUUUCCCCACAAUUAAGAUCUUGAGAAAUGGAAAGAAGCAUAUUCAAGAAUACAAAAGACCUCGGGAUGCUGAAGGUAUUGUUACUUAUUUAAAGAAGCAAAGUGGCCCUGCGUCUGCUGAAAUAAAAUCCGUAGAAGAUGCUAAUGCUCUUAUUGAUGGCGAAAAGAUUAUUGUUGUUGGGGUGUUUCUAGAAUUCUCUGGAGAGAAGUUUGAGAACUUUACAGCUCUUACUAAGAAAUUGCGGUCUGACUAUGAGUUUGGUCACACAUUGGAUGCAAAACUCCUGCCUCGUGGGGAAUCAUCAGUGACUGGUCUUAUAGUCAGGUUGUUCAAGCCAUUUGAUGAGUUUGUUGUUGAUUUCCAGGAUUUUAAUGUGGAUGCUCUUGAGGAGUUUGUUGAAGAAGCAAGUACCCCUAUUGUGACUCUCUUUAACAAUGACCCUAGCAAUCAGCCAUUUGUUAUUAAAUUCUUCAACAAUCCCAACGCCAAGCCAAAGUGA